AUGGCGUUUUGUACCUAUUGUGGUCAGGAAUUCCAACGAAAUGAACAUCUCGAACGCCACUUAGCUACUCACGCUAAUAUUAAGCGAUUUAAAUGUAAUAUCUGUCAUUUAUCCUUUUCCCGAAGAGAUGUUCUUCAAAGACAUGUCGCAGUUCAUGGUCAAACCUCUGCCGAUGGGAAGGCCACAAGUCAGCCUUCGGUCAGUGUAAGACAUCGUACACAGGAAGCUUGUCGCAAUUGUGCAAGGACCAAGACAAAAUGCGAUUCGAAUACACCCUGCAAUCGUUGUCGUGUUAAGCAAAUCCCGUGCGAUCGACGGCCAAAAAAGGCGGUAGGGCGUGCACCUCCGUUAGGCACCAGCCGAGAUUUAGCAACACCGGUAUCAGAACUUAAUGCUGCCCACGAUGCUGGGUCUUCUACGCUAAGUAUAGAUGAUGUUAUAGAUAACGAACACCCUAGACCUAAUCAGAGUGUUCAAACCUCUUCAGAAAACAGCGAAGGUACCUUCAUAGACAAUGUGCAAGGACAGUGCACGGGUAACAGUGCUAUCCCGCCCGCCGGUGAUGGAUCGUUGGUACAUGGAACGAAUAUUAAAACCUGGGCCGGCCAAUGUCACGUCCCAAGCCAGUAUGGGGUAAUCUGCAAUACAGGGCUGGCAUCGCACAGUCCUACUGAGCUACAAACCGACGGGUCAGCUAGCUUGUGGAACGAAGACCGACAGGCGUACGACAUUCAGUGGCAAUAUGAUACAGACGCUGUGGAGCAUCAAGUUAUCGUACAGGCGUAUAACUACUGGUCCUCAUUUAGAUGCAACCCCUUUGAGGACAUAUCGAAAUGCCCCAGGACGGCUGGUGUACUUCUUGAGAGUCUCGGCCAUAUGCCAGAGUUAGAUAAGCUAUGGGGGUGGCUUGGGCUUGACUUUGCGAGUCCUAAUCCAUUCGAACCUCUUGCAAGCUUGCCUCUCCGCGAGAGUGUACGAGAUAAGCUUGCUGCCAUCUCGCAGGCCCUCCUCCAAAAGGCUCUCAGGGUCCAUCAACUUGACCCCGUCACAGCUGCCGCCAGCUAUCCUUCCCCGUCCCCUGAUGGAAACUCCCGCGGGUUCCUUAUUCUCCCACCUUCUGCGACCAUAGAGCAUUUCCUUCGCGAAUAUAUGCGCAUAUUCGAGCCAUUCUAUCUUCUUAUUCCGGGAGGUGUUUUGGAUGCGAAUAUGCUGCUAAAUGGAUCUAAUGAUACAUCAUCUACUCUGCUCAUAUUGCUUAUGAUCGGACAAGGAGCCAUAUCAGAUCCUACAAAAGAAGCACGGCGUUUAUCGGGUGGCUUGACGGAGGUUUGCCGUAUUUCCUUAUUUGACACGGUUGAAAAGGAUGUCUCCGGUAGCCACCAACCGCUACUGCUACAUUGUGCACUGGUGUUUAUCAUCCAAGCUGCGUGGAGCGGUGAUAAGUGGCUGAUGGAUAUUGGCCUCGGGCAGCGUGGUAUAUAUAUUGCGAUCGUCCGUAAUAGUAGAUUAUUUGAUGCUCAGGUUUGCUAUACAGAGUCCCUAGGGCUUGACGACGAUUCAAGGCACCUAGCCUGGCUUGAGCGAGAGAGAUUAAUUAGGCUUGCAUACACAUGGGUCAUCCUGGAUCUGGAGCUUAGCUUGUUUCUUGAUAGCACCCCCCAUAUACAAAUAGCCGACCUUAACUUGGUCCUCCCCAGUCCUGCAGAACUUUACCUAGCUGGUGACACUGAUACCUGGAAACGUGGGAUGAACGGUACACCGCUGGUGCAGCCGUCUCUUCGUGCAUUAUUUGAGUGGUUCCUUACGGAUCAACUUACAAGAGACAGGCGUCUUUACUUAACGCCCUCAGCGUUUCGACUGCUGCUACAUCCUAUUUAUUCGCUUAUCAACAGUUUCCGUCAAGUCCUCAGCUGCUUUAGUGAGGGGCCAAACUCGCGCUUCUUCUCGCCCGUUACGAAAAGUUCUACCGUUGUUCGCAUGGAGGAAAUGCAGGUACUUCUGUACCGCUGGUUCAGCUGGUAUUGUUCUCGUCUUCGCGAAACCGAAACCGAGCAAUCAGAAGUAUCAUACAACCAAUUUCGGAGCCCAUUGAUGAUAGCGACUCUUAUCACUUACCAUAUUGUCUAUCUUAACACGGUGACCGGGUUUGCGGAUAUCGAAAACUUAGCUAGGAGGCAACUGAGCGAUUCUCAACUUCGGUCAUUCUCUUCCACCCAGGUUGGCCAGUAUCUACAUUGUCCCGAUGAAGCUCUCCUGCACAUCGGUCAGAUACUCUAUCUUCUCCGGACACUUGAUAAGAAAGUCCGACCGCCAUGCGUAUUCUGCGGGGCGCAAUGGAAGAUCUCGCCCUCGAGUCUCGUACCAAUAGACGUCGAGUCACGAGGUGACGACGAUACAGUAUAUCGAUAUUUUUGCUCCAGCGUAGGAGCAAGCAUUGCCGGGUCGAAUUCAGCAGUAGCAUCAGAUCCAUCUGCGAGUCAUCAGCUCUGUAUUCCAGCAAUCACAGAUCAGCGGGGAGGUGCCGAACCAGUACCACUAGAUGACCCAAUUCGAACACUAAAGACUUGCAUGCUUGCCUUCGGAGGCGGCAUCACCACCAGGUUCUCAGAAGGAAUCCACGCCAAGUUGAACCAAUUUUUGGCCAGUCGAUAUAGCUUGAGAAAUGGGUGA